UUGGGGACAGGACAGGCUGGUAUAUGCUGCAGCUCCCCUGUGAUCAUGUUGCGGCUCUCCCUUGCAGAAGUGGGCCUGCUGCUUCUGUUAGCGCUGGCCUUGUUUCAGAUACUCAGUGCUGAGGCAAGGCAGAAGAGGCUAAAGACCCUGAGAAGGAAGAAGAGAGAGUGGAUCCUUCCACCUGCCAAGAUUGAAGAGAAUGUUGACUACACCAAGAGGGAAUUCAUUGCCAAGAUUCGCUCUGAUAAAGACCAAUACGCAAAGGUAGAGUAUUUCCUCACUGGACCAGGAGCUGACAAGCCACCCUUCAACCUGUUUAUGGUGGACCAUAACACUGGGUUCGUACGCAUCACUGAUUUAGUGGACCGGGAAACAUAUCCAUCUUUCAAUAUAACAGGGGUCGCCAAAUACUUGAAUGGGACCACAGCUGAGUACGACAUCCCACUCUCUGUCAUGAUCGUGGACCAGAAUGACAACCCUCCUUAUUUUGAGCUGCAUACUGGCAACAUCUCAGAGGCAAGCAAAGAAGGAACCUUUGUCAUGCAGAUUGUGGGGAAAGAUGAUGACAAACCUGGCACAGAAAAUUCAGAGAUCUCCUACAGCAUCAUCAGUCAAGAGCCAGCAGGCACAGGUCACAUGUUCACUUUAGACCAAAAGACAGGCAAACUGUACGUCAAGGAGGCCACCCUGGACAGAGAGACUCAUGACUUCUACAAACUGGUUAUACAGGGGGUUGAUCUGGGAGGGGCAGCAAAUGGGCUAUCGGGGACAGGAACUGUGGAGAUCAAGGUCUUGGACAUAAAUGACAACAUCCCCACUCUGGAAAAGGCUGAGUACACUGGCUCAGUGGAUGAAAAUGUUCACAAUGUAGUUGUGAUGAGGAUCAAAGCUCUGGACAAAGACCUCAUACACACAGACAACUGGCACACUGUCUUUACAAUCGCCAAAGGAAAUGAGGAUAAUCUCUUCUCGAUUAAGACGGACAAAGAAACCAAUGAGGGCAUCCUGAUGCUGAUUAAGCCUGUGGAUUUUGAAGAAGUUCAGAAUCUUGAGCUUAGCCUGCUCAUUGAGAAUGUAGCUCCUUUUGUGGAGGGUGGUCCUAUACUCAUGGAUGUAGAUGUUCAGGUUGGAGAGGGUAAUCCUGUGGCUACUGGAGCUGCUGCAGGUGCUGGAGCUGGAGCUGGAGCCGGAGCUGGUGCGGGUGCGGGUGCGGGUGCGGGUGCAGGUGCGGGCGUAGACGUAGACGUGGAUGUAGGCUUGGAUACAGGAGUGGAUUUAGGUGUAGAUGUGGGGUUGGAUGCCGGACUUAAGCCCGAGGCAGGGCUCGGCCCUGGCCCUGGAGUUGGGGUUGGCCUUAAACCAGGUGUCAAACCAGGACCAGGGACAAAGCCAAAGCCAGGAGCACCGAAGAAAAGCUAUCCCAUUAAGAUAGCAGUGAACAAUAUGCCUGAGGGUCCAGCAUUUAUUCCUGACAUCAAGCAUGUUCCUGUAUCCGAGGAUCCAAAUGAACAACCUGAGGAUGGUGUGAUCACAGUGUUUGCUGCCAUCAAUCCAGACACAGGGAAACAAGCGGAAAAUGUCAGUUAUGCAAAAGCCUAUGAUCCAGAUAACUGGUUUACCAUCGAUGAAGAUACAGCUGAGAUUAAACUCAACAAGAAACCAGACAGAGAGUCAACAUUCUUGGUGAACGGCACCUACAUUGCCAAGAUUAUGGCCAUAACCAAAGACGUGCCAUCAAAGACAGCCACAGGAACAAUAGCCAUCCAAGUGGCUGACUCCAACGACCACUGUCCCACCUUGACCAGCACUCACAGCAGCCUGUGCUCUGAUGGAAAAACUGUCUAUGUUACUGGCUUUGAUCAGGAUGUUAACCCCAAUGCUGCACCAUUCACAUUCAAAAUCAUACCUGAUGGAACGCGAGGCAGCUGGGACGUAGAACCCAUCAAUGACACGAGUGCCGCUCUUCACUCACGUGAGACGCUGUGGCCUGGCUUGUACAAACUGCAGGUGGAGGUGUUGGAUGCCCAGGGUCUGUCCUGCCCAGUCAAAGAGGUUUUUACUGUGGAUGUUUGUACCUGUGUGGAAACAGAGGACUGCGGCUCGAGGGCAGCCAAACUAGUAACUACUUCAGCGGAGCUCUCUGCCCCAGCCAUUGGACUGCUGCUAAUGGCAAUGUGCUUGAUGCUGUUCAUCCCUCUUUUCCUGCUCUCCUGCCAGUGUGGAGGAGCAGACACAAUCUUUCCUGACCAAUUUAGCGAUCUGCCAUUUGAUUUCAAAGAACACCUCAUAUCUUACCACACUGAAGGCAAAGGCGAGGAUAAGGAAGUGCCACUCCACAGCAUCCCUAUCAUGUUGGGUACCCAAAAGAAAGCUGAGAUGUCAUCAGUACCAAUCUUCAACACCCUUCCUUUAAAUAUCUCAGAAACUCAUCAGAUGACUACAGUCUACAAUGAAUCCGUGCAGAAGUUUCAGGAAACCAGCCAAAGUUUCAUGGCGGUCGAUAAUGCCUACAGGUCUUCAAGGGAAUCAUUCAAACGUGGUAGAGGUACCGCAAGAUUCGGCAAGCAAACACUUGGCAUGCAAACCAGGACAGCUUUGUAUGAAGAUAUAGCCCUACCUGAUGCUUUUCUCAAUGAAUACUACUCACAGAAAGCAGAGUGUGCAGCACCAGUAAAGGACGGUCUGUUGGAGUAUGAUUUUGAGGGCCAGGGCUCUCCUACUGGCUCAGUGGGCUGCUGCAGCCUCCUGGAGACUGACAACAACCUGCAGUUCCUCAAUGAACUCGGGCCAAAGUUCAAGACUCUGGCUGAGAUCUGUUCCCCUCCUACACCAACACCCAAAGUAGCAGGUGCUGUCAAAACCACAGUUGAUAUUGUUAAACCGGUUGUUAAGCCCAAAAUAGAGCGAAGUGAGACAAAACAUACUGAUGUUAAGACAGAGAAAGUCAUGUCAUCUACUGACAUCUCAAAAUCAUCCAUCAGCACUGUAAGCACUGCCUUGCCGUCCAUGACACUUCCUCGCUCCAAGGUUACUAACAUCAGUCAUUCCUCUGACAUCAUUCAGUCUGCUACUCUGCCCCAUCAAACUCAGACAUUGGUACUACAGCAGCAGCCAGUUUACUAUACUACCAGACCUGUACUACAGCCCAUGCACUAUGUAGUUCAACCACAGCUACAGAACACAGUUCUUCUGUCAGGUGGGACCCAUGGAGCCAAUUUUCCAGGCCUCUAUGUAGUCAGGGGGCCCCAGAAUCCUUCUUCUGGACUCGUAAUCAGUGGACCCCAGAAUCCUUCUUCUGGACUCGUAAUAAGUGGACCCACAGGCUCUUCUUCUGGGCUAGUUAUCCAGAACACUGAGAGCUCCAAAAGCCCUGCCAGCCCCACCAGUCCAGUCAGCCCCAACCUGUUGCUACCUGUGAGCCCAGGUGUGUCUCAGGGCUCAGUCCCUGCAGAUGGCUGGAAAAUCAUAGGGCCAAAUCCUGAUGGUAAUUAUAUGUUAGUUACGGAUAAGAGUAGUCCAGGAGAGGCAGAGGGGGUGGAUCCAGGCUCACCUCAGGGCACUUUGCCCAGAGGUGCUAUCCUGGUAAAAGAGGCUGCUCCCCCUCAGGGGGUGUUAGGCCCAGCAGCCCAGGGGAGUGUGUAUGCUGUUCUGCCAGGACACACUUUUGCUAAAAAGGGGGAUGUUGUUGCCGUAAAUAGAAAUUUGGGGCAACCACGGGUUGGGCAACCUGGGCAGAUGGGGUUAGGGCCGGUCACUGUUUUGGGAGUUGGUGUUGGGCAGCCACGAAUGGGAAUGGGACAUGUGGUGGCAGUGAAGCCAGAUCUAAGACAGGCUGGAAUUUGGCCAGCUGGAAUAAGUCCAGUUGGUAUUAGGCAGGUCAGUGUAAACCAGUUCCAAGGAAUUACUCCAUUGGAACAAACUGUGAAUGCCAGUGGUAUUCCAAAAGCAUGGAGAAUUGAUUCACCAAAGGAAGACAAGACCAUCAAUGUCAAUACCUUCGUUACUGCUGAAACCACUAAAACUCAUCAGCCUCCAAAGCAGGAGGUUAUGAUGAAAAAUUGGUUUAUGGAUGUCAGUGAUUCAGCUCAGAACAUACAUGAUGAUACAGUUGAAGAAAAGCAAUCAGAAGUUGUAAUCACCUACACAUCAGAGCAACAUGUAACAUUAAAUGAUGAGGAUCCAAGUGAGGUAGUCCAAAGUGCAUUUGAAGACAAUGAGGGUAUCCAAGAGUAUCAAACACAAAAAUCUGAAAAAUAUACAAUUGUAAAUUUUGAGGAAGGCAUUGUGAAAUCAUUACCAGUGUCAGAUAUACUGCAGAGAUCAUUUGAGCAAUCUGACACAGUGGCAGAGAAACCAGGAGAUACAAUGGACAAAAUAGUGCUAGAUCAGUUGACAGAAUCCGAUGAGCCACAAGAGAAUGCAGAGGAAAAAGCUAAGGCUCCACAAUCAGAACAGCAGCAAAACCAUGUUCCCUCUGAAGGUUUUUCCGAGGCAGUUACAUCUUUGGUCACUAAAAUGUCGUCCACUGAAGAUUUCCUACAUGGAUCAGAUGUCACUGAUUUAGUUAAUACAGACAAAGAGAAUGAACAGACAUUAGCAUUUUCUCAAGGAGAGGAAGCCCCUUCUGGUUCAGACUACAUCAGCAGUGUAGACAAUCAAAUACAUGACAACACAGGAGAAAUUGUUGGCAUACAGGAAGCAACACAAUUGAAAGACAAAGAAGUGCAAGAAGAAGAGAAACCUGUCAGUGCAGUUGAAGGUCCAGAGGACAGAAGUUCUGAGGUUGGGUCAGAAUCUCUAUCAAAUGAAGUCGCAGAGGAUCAAAGUGGAAGGGAGUUCGAUGAAGCUGUCAGUCUAGCAAAAAAAGUUGCUUCAGACUCAGAAACAAAUCAGUUUAUUGCCACUUCUGAUAGUAUCCAGACAGCAGAUAAUUUAAAGGAAAUGACUACUCUCAUCAGUAAUGCGCAUGAAGAGGUUAAGGCUGAGCAGGAGCAACUGUUAGAUUCUAAAGUGGGACUCAAUACUGUGGGUGAUAAAUUGUCAGCAACUUCUGCAAAUGAGCUUUUAACAGAUACUGUGAAUGAGUCUAAAGAGAGGUCAUUUCCUGAUCAAGAAACAAUGCCAGAAUUACAGGUGAAUCAUAGUGAAGGGGAUAUGAUAGACAAAUCCAAUGCAAAGACAGAUAUUGCUGAUGCUGAAGCAAAAACAACAUUGGAGACUGUGAGCACUGUUUUAACCAACCAAGACGAGAGAGAUCUGGAUGAUCCAAAUUUGAGACCAGCGUUAGAAGAAAUUAUACUAGCACAAGUAGAGAGCUCUAAUGUGCCAACCAUUUUAACAGUAGAGCAACAUCUACAUACAGCAAAAGACUCUGUUCACAAAGAAGAUGAUGAUAAUCGACAAAAUAUAACAGCAGGCUCAGAAGUAGUCAAUGAUCAAGUCGAAUCAGAUGGAGACAGUAUAAGCAAUAGAGAGACAGAGGAGAUAAUUGUGGAGGAAGGAGUGUCACAGAGCUUUGGCACCUCUGAUGACCAAGAUGAAGACUCUAAAAGACAAGAUGCAUUUAGCACAAGUUCUCAAAUGGAGGAUAAGUUCAUAUCAGAUGACAGCAAUACUGAUGAAGAGAAGGAUGAGGCUCCUGUGGAGGAAAUGGUGUCACUGGUACAGCAGGAUAUGCAAGAGAGUGCAAAGGAAUAUGCAUUACACAUGAGUUCUCAAGUGGAUGGGACCUUAAUCUCAGAUAACGAGGAGGAGAAUGUAGAGGCAGUGGCAUUAUCCGUACAGCAAAAUGUUCGCAUCACAGAUGAGCAAGAUGAAAAGAUUGAAAGAGAAGCUGCAUCAGGUAGAAGUUCUCCACUGGAGGAUCAACUCAUCUCAGAAGACAACAUAAGAGAUGGGGCAAAAAAGGAGGAUACUGUGGAGGAAGAGGUGUCACCUGUACAGCAAGAUAUAGACUUCUCAGAUGACCAAGACAAAGAGAGUGGAAAAGAAGAUACAUUAUGUGCCAGUCCUGAAAUUGAUGGUACCUUAAUCUCAGAUAACGAGGAGGAGAUUGAAGAAGUAGUGGAAUUAUCCACACAGCAAAAUAUUAGCAUCGCAGACGACCAAGAUGAAGAGAUUGAAAGAGAAGCUGCAUCAGGAAGAAGUCUUCUACUGGAUGAUCAGCUCAUUUCAGAAGACAACAUAAGAGAUGGAGCGAAAGAGGAGUAUAUUGUCGAGGAAGAGGUGUCACCUGUACAGCAAGAUAUAGGCUUCUCAGAUGGCCAAGAUGAAGAGAGUGCAAAAGAAGAUACAUCACACACAAGCCCUCAAGUUGAUGGGACCUUAAUCUCAGUUAACGAGGAGGAGAAUGUGGAGGUAGUGGAAUUAUCCUCACAGCAAAAUGUUCGCAUCACAGAUGACCAAGAUGCAGAGAUUGAAAGAGAAGCUGCAUCAGGAAGAGGUCCUCCAUUGGAAGAUCAGCUUAUUUUACAGGACAACAUAAGAGAUGGAGUGAAAGAGGAGCAUAUUGUGGAGGAAGAGAUAUUAACUGUUCAGCAAACGACUAGCAUUUCUAGUGAAGAUGAAGACAGUGAAAAAGAAGAUGCAUCCAAUAUAGUUUCUCACAUGGAGGAUAAGCUCAUCUCAGAUGACAGUGUAAGUGAUGGAGAGAAAGAGGCGUUGUCUAAGCAGCAAAAAAGUAGCAUUUCAGAUGACCAAGAUGAAGAAAACGAAAGAGAAGAUGCACUAGGAACAAGUCCUCAGUCACGGGAAUAUCUCAUGUGCUCCAAUAACAUACAUGAUGGAGAAAAGGAAGAUAUAGUAAUGUCACCUUUACAGCUAAAUAUAAGAGUCCCAGAUGACCAAGAUGUUGAAAGAGCAAAAGAAGACACAUCAGGCAGAAUUUCUCACAUAGAGGAAGAAGGCAUCAAGUCUUACAGGAUGUUACAAAAGGACUCUCAGUCUUUAGAGACUGAAUGUUUGGAGAUGAAUCAGGUGGCAGCAAUGUCAAAGGUGACUGAAAUUCAAGAAAUGCCUUAUGAAGUUACUACACAUGAAGUAAGGCAAGGGAUAGAAUCUUCUCGGAUAGGUGACAUAACUCUGGAUAUUAAUGGGGGACAAGAUACUGUUGGUCAAGAGUUAGUGAGGGGUGCUAACAUAGUGGGUUUGGACGAUGUGGUCACAUCUUCAGAGGAACUGAUAUCAUCCAGGGUGGCCACAGGACAGGUUUCUAUGUCAAGUCAAGACAAAGGGGCCAGUGGUAGCAUAUUGGAAUCUGGACAAGUAGCUGAGGGUGAAACAACUCAGUCUGAUUACCAGAGCACAGAAGUACUUACUUUGGAAAAAGGCAAAGCAGAAGCCACUUCUGACCUAGAGAUUAUGGAGGGAAUAGAUUAUGCAUCUGGUCAGGUAUCACCAACUUGUUAUUCAGAAAUUAAAAUGGUGGAAAAUACCACUGUUUUGGAAACAGACCCAGCCUCAGCAGAGACAGGAGCUGCAAAUUUUCUUGCAAGAAGUGAGGUAGCUGAGGAGGCUGGUUACCUGGUUCAGAAUGAGAGCGUGCAUAUGACUGGAGAAGCAGCAGGGAUAGGCCCAGACACUGUGGGGAAAGCUGGUUUUAUAGAGGUUGAGGCAAGUGGUAGUCAAGUGAGUCCUGCAGAGCUUCAGACAGUUAUCAGCCAAACUGCUCGGAACAAAGCCAGAAAGGUUAAAAAGGACAAGAGUCUAAAAAGCCCUUCUGGAAAAUGUAAGCAACAGUGAUUGUUCUCCGUUUGAAGCUGGGUUAUAUAGCUAUACAGUUUCCCUAUACAAUGUGGAAGUGGUAGCCUAUGCACCUGUUGAAUUGGCAACUUUCUGCACCAGUUUCAAAAGACACAUACCUAGCUGGGAGCGUUUCCACCUAUAGAUCAGUUCGCUUGAGCAUACGUGAACACAGCAAUCACACUUGGAUGCGAGACAUAACAAGCAGGCGAGAUCAUCAAAAUCUGUUCAGGAAACAAUCUUAACAACAACAAUCCUGUAUGAGCCAUGUACAUAUUUAUGCAAAUAAUUUGGUUACCAUGACAACACGUAUGCAUGUAAUAAUGCUAAAUCAGUCAUUUCUUCAUGAGGUCUUUGUGUCAUAAUAUACACUUUAAAAGCAUUAAAGUGUCACUUACUGGAAUUUCCCCACGUGGGUUCUGAUGAUGCAGGAUGACUUUCCAAUCAACAAGUUAACUGUCAGUCUGUAUAACUUUAUAUAUACUCCUCGUGGUUCAUUUGUAAAAAGUCAGUGUGAACACAAAGCGAAACAGAAUUAAAAUGCAACAUUGUAUAAUAUUUUACCCUUGGUCUGGACCAAAUUAACCCAACCACAGGUGUGAAAGCACUUUGAGACUCCCUCAAAAAAUGCAGCCAGGCUGUUUUAGCCAGCAGUUGUUUUACACUCGGAAUGCUUCUGUGUUGAGACUGUGGGAAACACAGACAGAAAGUGAUGUGUGAAGGGCAACACACACCAGCAAUGUUUGACACCUGCAAAAUGCUCACACACUAUGUAUGCCAUGUAAGCCCAGACACCAGUGGUGUCUCAACAUUUUGAUCUAGACAGACUGAACUGAAUCAGCAAGCAAUGACAUAAGUCUGUGCAUCAGGAUACUGUACUGUUGUAAUCUCCUUCUUGUUUUGUAGGGUGGGGGGACAAUUACCAACUCUGCCACCCUAGUUGACAGCAGCCAUCACUUUAAUGUCAAACCUGCCCCAGCAGGUCUGUUAUUACUUUAUUCCACAGAAUACCAAAUAUACAAGAGUGGCUGAAGACCAAGCACUGCUGCUUAGAAACUGUUUCUCUGUCUCUUUUAGAAUGGAGACACCAACAGCAGAAUGUCAUUUGAUCUGGUCAGAGUCUUUGUUAGUGAGGAUGGGCAUAUUUUUACAUUAAAGCAAAUCUUCAUAACUUUUUCUGAAUAGGAAAAUUGGAGAACAUAAAUUUGAGAUAAAUCCUCAGUUACAGAGAAAUGUCUGUUUUUGGUCAAGUCAAAAUGAUUGUAUAAUGCCUAUUUUAUAGCUUUGAUUGCAAACAUAACUGAUGUAAAGCUGGUUGCAGUCCUGUCCUUUGAAUUUUGGUGGUGGGUCAACCCAAUGUCUUACCUUUCAUUUGAUCAUAUAAUAACAUGUGUUAGAUGCAUCUGUUCUUAUUUGCUUUUAGCUGAAACGUAAAUCAUUACUAGACAGAACACGUUUAAUAGGUUGAAAGAGAAGCCGCAGGAACUAUGCUGGAUUUAUAAACCUACUUGUCUGAACCUGUAUGAGGGUGUAUGUGUUAAAGCAGUAGUUUGGUGAUUUUAUCUUUUCAUCUUCUCCUUUUUUUAUGAUUGCAAUAAAAAUGUCACAAAUGCUGAA